GUGAAGGCAGCAGCGGGCUGUCAGCUGUGGAGAGGGAAGGUGUGUUUAGUUGGAGUGGGGUUUCGGGAGCGCUGUAUCGUUUCACUCUCGCUGGCGCGUUGCCUCGCCUUUUGUUUGAUCUAACUCGUGUAUUUACCCGUUCCCCCAUUUUACGCGGAUACACGUUUGAAGGAAAAAACCGUUUAUGGUCCUGGCUGAAGACUUCACGAUGUCUCGCACCGACGAGGUUCACCGUUUGACGGAAAAUGUCUAUAAGACCAUCAUGGAGCAGUUCAACCCCUGCUUACGGAACUUUGUUGCCAUGGGGAAGAACUAUGAGAAGGCCCUUGCCAGUGUGACAUUUGCUGCCAAAGGCUACUUUGAUGCUCUGGUCAGAAUGGGGGAACUGGCCAGUGAGAGUCAAGGAUCCAAAGAUUUGGGGGAUGUGCUGUUCCAGAUGGCUGAAGUCCACAGACAGAUCCAAGUGCAGCUAGAGGAGAUGUUGAAAUCAUUCCACAACGAGCUGCUCUCGGAGCUGGAGAAGAAGGUGGACCUGGAUAGUCGUUAUCUGACUGCUGCCCUGAAGAAAUACCAGAUGGAACACAAGAACAAAGGGGAGAGUCUGGAGAAGUGCCAGGCUGAACUGAAGAAGCUGCGCAGGAAGAGCCAGGGCAGCAAGAACCCCUCGAAGUACGGAGAGAAGGAAAUGCAGUUUGUGGAGACCAUCAGCAGUAAGCAGACUGAGCUGGACACCUUCAUCGCUGAGGGAUACAAGACAGCCUUGUCUGAGGAGCGCCGCAGGUACUGCUUCCUGGUGGACCGCCAGUGUGCCGUGGCCAAGAACAACAGCGCCUACCAUGGCAAGGGUAAAGACCUUCUGACUCAGAAGAUCCCAGUGUGGCAACAGGCUUGCUCAGACCCCAACAAGCUGCCAGAGAGGGCCAUGCUCCUGGCCCAGCAGAUGGGCUCUGCCUCCCUCGGGGGCGCAAGCCCCCUGCAUACCUCUAAAUCCAACUUGGUCAUCUCGGACCCUAUCCCCGGGGCCCAGCCUCUUCCUGUGCCCCCAGAGCUGGCUGUUUUCAUGGGCAGUGGCAUGGGACACCCAGCGAGGCUGAUGGGCCCUGAUGGUAUGUCCAUGGUAAAUGGAACAACAGGAGUCCACGGGGAGGAAUAUUGGACGGAUGGAGGGACUAUAUCUGUGUCCCAAGUUAGGCCUUCAUCCCCUCAGACCCAGGCGCAGGGCCAGUCCCAGGCUCAGCCCCAGAGACAGGUCAGCGAUGUCUACUCCAACACCCUCCCUGUCCGCAGGCCUGCCCCCGCCAAGAAUAAGAACCCCGUGGGAGAGACACGGACCCUGCCCAGGUCCAGCUCCAUGGCAGCAGGCCUGGAAAAGAAUGGGCGCGCCCGUGUCCAGGCCAUCUUCUCCCACGCUGCGGGUGACAACGGCACCCUGCUCAGUUUCUCUGAGGGAGAUAUAAUAACCCUACUGGUGCCUGAGGCCCGUGAUGGCUGGCACUAUGGGGAGAAUGAGAAGAACAAGAUGCGUGGCUGGUUCCCAUUCUCCUACACACGUGUGGUGCCGGAAAGCGAUAAUGAGAAGCUCAAAGUGAACCUGCACCAUGGGAAAAGUAGCAGCACGGGGAACUUGUUGGAGAGUGAUGCAUCACUGCCCACACCUGACUAUGGGCUGACUGCCCGACUGCUGGCACAGAGCCUAGCACAGACCCGCCCACGCCCCUACAGCAUGGCAGGCUUUGGCACACAGCCUGCUAUUGAGGAUUAUGAUGGACGCUUUGCCACAAGUAGCGGUUGGUGGGUGGAGGAUUGCGUUGAGCAAGAGAGCCAGAGCGGGGCCUACCUGCUCGGCAUGCAGCGAUAUGGACUCUGAAUACUCUAUCUCUGAUCACAGUCCACCAUCACGGACUGAUCUCUCAAGAGACUGCCUUUGCUACUGCUUGUCUUUCAUGCAUGUACAUGGUUGUGUCAUUUUGUCAAACUAAAGGACAUGUUCAUGUACUGUACAAGUGCCAAAAGACUUCAAUGUCGUUGUACUAAAGCCACUGGCUGAAUGGCCUUUUUAAGCACAAGUGGGCCCAGUAUUAUCGAGUUCCCACCCAACACACACAUGCUCAAAAAAAGCUUGGUUCAAAGUAAGGCUGUGCAGCAGAAUACUAUGUUUCUGUUCUGAGAGAGGUAGCGCUGUGCUUUCUUAUGUCAGUGCUAGACUUGAUUUUCCGUCCAGAGGGAGCGUGUCAUAUUUGCCUUACUUUGCUUCUUUUUUUUUUCUUUUUUUUUAAACACAUACUUUAUGAGCAAUGAAGCAACUUUUCAAAUUGAGCUUCAAGAAUAUACAGUAUGUAUUGAUAUUUUAUAUAUAUAUAUAUAAAAUAUCAAUUGUUUCCGUCAGUCCACCAAAUUGCACUUCAUUAUGAUCAUUGCAAAAAAAACAUGUUUUAAUAUACAUUCAUAAAACGUUCCACCCUCAGCCCCAUAGAAAGUUUUUUUUUUUGCCAAUCUUGGCUAAACUAAAUUAACCUUCAGUUUGGUCUUUUUUCUCAAGCAGCACUGAGUUUGGAGGAGUCUAUCUUCUGAUGAGUAUCCUCAAAAACAGCUGUGAAUUAGUUUUUUGGUAAAAAUGAAACCAUGGCUUUUGCAGCUCAUAGUGUUAUUUAUGAUUGUAUUCCCUGAAUGGCUGUGUAGUUUUUGGUCUUUUCUUUUAAAACAAUUAUUGUCCUUGUAAAAAAAAAAAAAAAAUAUUUCCAGAAACAAUGAGAAACUACUGAUUAGUUGAAGUGUUUAUCUUGUGCAUGCUGUGGAGGGAAACCAGAAAAUGUGAUACUAAAAAUGGACCUUGAAUGUAUGGUGAAUUUUUACAAAGGUAUUCUAAAUAAAACAUAUCUCUAUAUAUUAAUAAACAGUCUGGUCUGACGAGAAAUCUGUUCUGUCAGUGACGACAUUUUCAGUUAUGUUGAACUUUUCCCUCUGAACUGAUCUUUUUCUCCCGUUAAAUGUUUCAUUAUUUUUUCAAAACUGCCACCCAAAUCAUUUCUGGCCACAGCUGUGUCCCAAGCAUGCAGCUUUAUCCUUCCCCCACCUUCAGUAACACCCAUAGCAUCUGUGGUGCUCUGUGUCACUGU